AAUCUAGCCACAGUCUAAACACACACAGAAUAUGAAGGUCCAGGUGGUUUAGAGUCAUAGCCACAGUGCCCACAACUCUCUGGGUUUGUUCUAGCCUUCAUAACCCAACUUUAUCUUGUAUAAACUGAGCAGAGCAGAGACCCCCUCAGAAGUCAUGAUUAAACAGAAGAGGCUUAGGGCUGAUGAAGCCUCCAGCAGGUUAAUGAUUACAGAGCUUGCCCUUCACUGUGUGUCAGACAGUGAGCCUCCUCAGUGUUUUGGCCUUUGGGUGGACAGAGAUGUCAGGGCAGCGUGUGUGUGUGUCGGACUUUGAGGAGGAAGCCAAAAAAGUUCUUCCUAAAGCUGUGUAUGACUACUAUCGCUCAGGAGCUGAUGAGCAAAACACACUGGCUGACAAUGUCGCUGCCUUCAACAGGUGGUAUCUUGUCCCUCGGGUGUUGAGAGAUGUGUCCACAGUGGAUAUGUCUGUCUCUGUGCUGGGCCAGAGACUCAGCAUGCCUGUCUGUGUUGCAGCCACAGCAAUGCAGAGGAUGGCUCAUCCUGAGGGAGAGACAGCUACAGCAAGAGCAUGCCGAGCAGUGGGAACAGGGAUGAUGCUCAGCUCCUGGGCCACCUCUACUAUAGAGGAAGUGAUGUCAGCAAUGACAGCCUCGCAGGGUGACGGGGGUGUCAUGUGGCUGCAGCUUUACAUUUAUAAAGACCGAGAUCUCACAUUGUCAUUGGUACGCCGUGCAGAGGAAGUGGGCUAUAAGGCUAUCUUUGUUACCGUGGACACGCCAUACCUGGGGAGGAGAUGGAACGACAUGCGUAACCGCUUUAAAUUGCCCCCACAUCUCAGUAUGUCCAACUUCUCAACAGCCUCCCUGGCUUUCUCUGAGGGAAACUAUGGCAAUGACAGUGGUUUGGCUGUUUAUGUUGCAAAAGCAAUCGACCCCACUCUCUGUUGGGACGACAUCACCUGGCUGACAAAACACACACAUCUACCUGUGAUUGUGAAAGGAGUACUGAAUGGUGAGGAUGCUGUCCAGGCUGUGAGCUAUGGUGUCAGUGGCAUCCUGGUGUCCAAUCAUGGAGCUCGACAACUGGAUGGGGUUCCUGCCACGCUGGAUGUGUUAGAGGACGUGGUGAGGGCAGUGCAGGGUCGCUGUGAUGUCUACAUGGAUGGAGGAGUGAGGCGAGGGACAGAUGUCCUGAAGGCUUUAGCUCUGGGAGCAAAGGCUGUCUUCAUUGGUCGACCAGUGCUGUGGGGCCUCGCCUGUCAGGGGGAACAGGGAGUUAGUGACCUCCUGGAACUUCUAAAAGAGGAGCUGAAACUGGCUAUGGCACUGUCAGGUAACACACAAAUGCACACACACAGGGAAAUUACAUUGUGGUGGAAAUACCUACCUAUCAACCAUUACUCUGACUAACCCUUUUAUGUAUAUUUGUGUGUGUGUGGUGUGUUCGUGUCCGUGUCCGUGUUCGCGCGCACACACGUUUGUGUAGGCUGUCGCUCUGUAUCUGAGGUAAACAGGUCCCUGGUCAGGAGAGUGGAGUUCCCCUCCAGGAUGUGAGAGAAGAAUCUGUGACAGGAAUCACAAUACAUUCUUGAUAGAUCACUGGACACUUUCAAAUUAGUCAAAUUAAUGUUUGUUGUCAUGGUUACUACUACUCAGCACGUGCAAACUGUUGUUUAAUGUGUUGUGUGGCUCUAGAGUAGCAUUGUCAAGUCUGAGAAAAUAACUCAAGUGACAUUACUGCGAUUGCAAACUGAGGACAUCAAGUUUGAAAGACGUGGGUAUAUAAAGCACCAGUCAGGAAAGGUUUAACGGAAGACAUAUUGAGUUACAUUAUGGAAAAUGUAGGAUCCAGUGUUUUGGAAUUUGAUCCACAUUACAAACACACUACAAAAAGUCAGGAUAUCCCAGCCUCUGCUGCAUAAGUUUUGACCAUUCUUUUUUUAAUCUCUCUCUCGCAAGUCCCUGAACUUUAUGGAAGUGUAGUUCUAAAUUGCCAUAGUACCCCUUUAAGGUCCAUUUAUCAUAUCAUAUUUACAAGUUUUCACUUUGACCUUUUACUACAUGAGCAAUAUUCACCACAGUCAUGCAGUUAUGUCAUGUAGAAAUUAUGUGCUUCACAAUAAACUUCUGUCACCUUCUUCUUCACCUGUCCAUUUUUGAGAAACAUCAGUUCCUCAUUAGAAGUUCUGACUGACGAUGUAAAUAAGGAGCAGUGCAGUGUAUUUGAUAUUAAUGCAUUCAUUCAACGUCACUUCAUAACACUUAUUUUAAAACCUCACUUAUAUAUAUGCUGUAGCUUACCAGUUAGACUUGCUGUACUGACUUUCUCUCCCUAACAGCAAGGCUACGUCACCAACUGUCCCGAGCUCCAGGCUGACUGCGUGGACACUACUUUGUGCUGAUGAGAUAAAUUGCAGAUUUGUUUGGUAAAACAAUAUGCACUCCUAAAAAACAAUAUGAACUCAAAUGGCGACACCGCAAUUUUUAUGCAAUCCUGAAGCCCCGUCUUGUUUAAGGAGGUUAUAUUUUCCUGAAUAAAUUUGUGUUUAAUCAACCCCCAAACCAACCAAAAGAUAAACAAUACACACAUAAUGCAGAGAGUUAGAUAAAAAUGGUGUUCAAAUUGGGGCCCACAGCCAGUUUUUGGCUUCCAUAUGGCCCUUUUUUGUUUCCACAAAUUUACAAAAAGUAUUGCACACAUCCGAAAAUCUGAAACAUGGUUUUGAAAUUUCAUAUCUAAUACAUGAGAUUGAAAAUGUUAACAGAGAGGCAUCCAAAAAAUGUUUUCCCAGAAAUGCCCCCUUAUUUCUUAGAAGGCAAACUUCAGCUUUGUGUAUGGGAGGGGAAUUUUAAGAGGAUGACCCAUACGCAGAAGGAAUUCUGCGUAUGGGUCAUCCUCUUAAAAAACAAGACAGCAUUCAGUUUACACAAUCAGACUUUAUUUCAUGAACAAUUAUACAACUAAAUUAUGACAGUGCACAAAUUAGUCAAACUUUGACUAAGAUGAUAUUUGCCAGUCACUGAUUUCAGUGUAGCUUCUAAUAAUACUAAUGGUUAGCCCUCUAGCUGGGGCUGUAGGUGUCCGUUUCCAUGUUGCCUCUCCUACUGAGGACAGUGGACACUGCUGAGAAGUGCAGUGGACUCCAUGAGAAUGCAAAAGUAAAACAAUUUGAGAAUAGAAACCCUGGGUUCUAGUUACGCCACACACUAAAGGGAUCAAUGUGUUGGCCUUACAGGUUGCUGUGGAUGAUUUCGCACUGGGAAGGUGAAAUUACAGGCAUGGUCUGACAACAAGCUUACUCAGCAUUUCUCUAAGAAACAGGGAAAGAGGGAGGGAGAGGAUCCUAAACUGCAGAUCUGGCUUCCGGCUUGGUGCUUCUCAUGAGCAUUGAUUCUCCUCAGUAAUCAGUAAAAUGUGUGAUAGUUUUCCACUUUAUCGCUUUGCACGUUGUUUAUUAGACCAUGUCACGGGUGUGUUUAUGGACAACAGGAUUCAGGAUACAAUUGCAGACACUGUGGCAGAACAGAGGCCUAUACUGAAUGAAUCAAGUUCAACAUACCCAGAAUAUCUUUUUUUAUCUGGCAACAUCGUCAGAACCAUGAAUAGUACUUAGUAUGAUAUGAGACGAAAACGGUGAUACCUGCAAGAAAAUUGUGUUAUAGCCAUUUAGUUUAGUUUUUUAGUUUCAGUCAUUUAGUUUUGAAGUUACACUAAAGAACUUGUCACUUUCUCAAUCUUUGAUUAUGACUUUCAAAAGAAACAAAUGUGUUCCAUUAUUUCUGCAGAUUCACAUGAUGCCUUUGGCUGUUACGCUGUUGGUUUUAGAACUUGGCACAGUAGUUUGGGAAGUUCGCACUAUGACUUUGGAGGUGAAUCUUCCAGAUGUUUGACCUUCCCAACCAAGUAUGCAAACACACAGAGCCAAUAUAAAAACUUUCAUUCAACAUUCAUUGUGCAACUUCACAUAUUGAUUUUGUAGGUUAACACCUAGCAGCGAAAUUUAUCUAAAAGAUAAACUGUGUACAUUCUUGACAGUACCAUAUUGGUUCUUUGAAGUUGACAAAAUAGUGUAAGAUGUUUGCAUUAUGACUGUGGAAGUUAGACGUCCAUUUCUUUCAAAUUCCCAAACCACUAUGGUGACUUCCAAAACUAAUACAUUCACUUCUUAAACCAACUGAAAGUUUUGCAUUCAUUGUACACUUGACAUAUAGCUUUUGGAUGUUAUUAACUAUCUAUUAAUAACUAGCUGUCUGCAUAAGUGCUAACUUACCUAAAAUACUUGAUUGGAAACUUCUUCUAGGUCAAAACCUAGUAUAUGGCUGGACGGCGUGUGUUCAAUGUUCAAAAUUGAGGACAUAGUUGAAAACUGUUGUGGAACAACUGUACACAAGUCCUUUCAAUGGAGAGAUAAUAAAGCCUGCUGGAAAAGUCACUAAAUGGCACUAGAUGAUGUAAUAUGCUAAUCAGCAUAUUCAUGACAUCAUCGUAUCAUAUUUGCAUUCUGUCAAGUGUCAGCCAGUUUCAGCCCUUUAUCUGCUUGCUUCUCUUGU